CGGCGGGUCACAGCUGCCGAGCUUUGGAGCGACCCGGCGGGUCAUCCUGGGUCGGCGGAGCAGCGGAGUGGUGCUGGGAGAUGACCUGCUGAGGGAGAAGCGGCUGACGGUGGGAGUGGUGGCGGUGAGCCGCUGCGUGGUGCUUGCCGUCAGCCCCCAGCGCUUCACCAGCUGCUGCGACCCGCUCACGCUGCGGCUGUUCCACAAGCUGCGGCUGCAGCACAGCGCCACCGGGGUGUUCACGGACGCGCUGCGGGGGGCGGAGCAGCGGCAGGCCAUGGGGGCGCUGUUCAGGGAGGCAGUUCUGGGUCAGUCCUACGGUCAAGGUCCCCCGGGGGCGCUGCGGCGGGAGGGGGGCAGCGAGGGCAAACCGUGGAAGGCGCCGAGCGGGCGCCCCGAGGAGCUCUCCCUCACCGCGGACCAGCUGCACCGGGCGGCAGGGGGGGCAGCAUCCGGAGGGGGAGCAGGAGGAGGGGGAGGAGGGGCCUCGUCAGGUGGCGGGGCAGCGGGAGCAGCAUCCACUGCCGCUACCUCCCACUCCCACUCCCAUGCCCACUCCCACUCCCACUCUCACGCGCAUUCCCACCCCCACGCAGCCUCCGCCGCUGCCAGUGCUGCCAGUGCUGCUGCUGCUGCCGGCAGUGCCGGGGGAGGAGGGGGAGGAGGAGGUGGUGGCACAAGCGAUGGCGGGGGUGGGGGUGGGGGUGGAGGUGGGGGGAAGCUGUACGGCGGUCUAACGGUAUCGCUGGUACUGGAGGCGGUUGGGAAGGGCGCGGAGAGCGGCUCCAUGGCCACAUUCCUGCAGCGCAUGAAGGCGUCCGAGACCGCGCACCAGCACCAUCUCCACUCCGCCGCCACAUCAGCCGGGGGAGCCACCUCCGCCGCCGCCGCCGCCUACCCCUCCGCCGCCGCCGCGUUCCUGCCGGCCUGGGCGGACGUGGACCUGAGCCAACAGGUGGGGUGCGGCAGCGGGGGGCAGCAGCGCAUGUACACGGACAUGCUGGAGGCGGCGUGCAUGGCGGUGAUCAAGGUGGACCUGGCUCCCGGGCAGCUGGACGUGCGGCUGGACACCAUGGCACAGGUGUUGGACGACAUCGUGGUGCAGUGGAGCGACCUGGCUCACCGCUGCGGGCUGCAGCUGGUGCGCUGGCGCACGCUGGAGUACUUCCUGGUGGUGCCGCUGGAGCUGGGGGGAGGGGCAGGG